CGCCGCUGAGGGAGGAAAGGAGGGAGGAGCGGAGGGAGGAGCUGUGCCGUCGUCGCCCGCUGCCCCGGGCCAGCCCCGGGGAUGGUGUUGACCGCGGGAGCCGGGCCCUGACGCCGCGCUCAGAUUGAAGGCAGCAGUAAUGCUAACUCUGGCAAGCAAGUUGAAGCGGGAUGAUGGUGUCAGAGGACCCCGUGCAUCCAAUCCAGCUUCUGAUUCAACUCGGAGGGUGUCUGUUCGGGAUAAAUUACUUGUUAAAGAGGUUGCAGAGCUUGAAGCUAAUCUACCUUGUACAUGUAAAGUGAAUUUUCCUGACCCAAACAAGCUUCAUUACUUUCAGCUAACUGUAACCCCAGAUGAGGGCUAUUACCAAGGUGGAAAGUUUCAGUUUGAAACUGAAGUUCCCGAUGCCUACAAUAUGGUGCCUCCGAAGGUAAAAUGCUUGACAAGAAUCUGGCAUCCGAACAUUACAGAGACAGGAGAAAUCUGCUUAAGUUUAUUGAGAGAACAUUCAAUUGAUGGCACUGGCUGGGCUCCAACUAGAACAUUAAAGGAUGUUGUCUGGGGGUUAAACUCGUUAUUUACUGAUCUUCUGAAUUUUGACGAUCCUUUGAAUAUUGAGGCUGCAGAGCAUCACUUGCGUGACAAGGAGGACUUUCGGAAUAAAGUUGAAGAUUACAUUAAGCGCUAUGCGAGAUGAUGAAGGGAGAUGAAUGGCAGGACCAUGGCUUCCACACUGGAGUUAUCCUUACCUUCAACAAUAACAACAAAAUCAGCCUGGAUUGUACUAGUCCUGUGUCCAUGUUGUACUGAAGAAGAAAACUAACUUAAUAACUUACCCAUGUUAAAAGGAGAGUUCAACAUAAAUACAGCAAGAAAUUGUGUAUGUUGGGUGAAAAAGUUGUUUGGUUACUUUUAAAAAUGUUUACUCUUCUGAACUGUACUGUAUAUCCUGUUGAUGAGAUAUGCUUGAGAAGUUAAAAGAAAUCACUAUUGAAAUUGUAAUUACACUUUUUUUUAACUCUUGCCUAGUUUGGAGGGGGGAAGAUAAAAACCCAACCAACCAGAUGAGGUGGCGUGCUUUUAGAACACUUCAGGUUGGCAAUAAAAUGGUCUCUUGUGAACCAAAUCACAAUCCUGUUUGCCUUUGAUGAGCAGAAACAACAAAGAAACAAAAAAGAAACAAAAAAAGAAACAGAAAAGAAAAAAAAAAAGCUUUCUCUACCAGUCAUUCACUAAAGCUUAGAGCUUGCUAGAAUGCUAGUGCUAAAUGAAAUUCUACUUCUGGUAUUGAAAUUCUUGAUGAUAUUUAAUGUUAAGGAUGUUUUUGUUACACUUUUGGAAUUCUCACACUGUUAUUUUCAGCUCCUGCAUGGGCUACAGUAUUUUUCUUUUGUUCCUGUUCAUUGUGUGAAGUAGUUACAAGAAAUACAGGCUAAUCCCUAAUUUAAGUAAAUGUGUAGUAUUAGUAAAACUAUGUACAUAUAUAAAAUAUAUAUAUAUUUCUGUGAAAAUAUAACAAAAGGGGGAUUUUUUUUUUUUUUUGUAAGAAAUCUGCCUUUGGCUUUCCAAUCUGGAUGUGGUGAGGGAGCAUCAGACACUGAUCUGAUGAAGGUAAAUUCAAGCACCAUGAUCUAGAGAAUACCAAAUUGUGUUCUUCAAUGUUCUGCACUGAAAGGGAAUGACUAAUAAUGCAGCUGAGAACAAGAACGCACUGCACCUCUGAAACAUUCCUGCACACCUGGCUUUCUUGGUGAUUAGAAGGGAUAUGAUGCUAUAAUUGCCUUCUCUGUAAGUAGCUGUAUAUCAAACACAGUAUGUGUGUGAGCAGAGAUCCUCCACAAGAGAGUAGCAUGUACCUCAGGAAUCACUUCAGAGUAAACGCUGUGAAGAGUUGCUGCCUGGUGUGGGCCAGAGCUCUGCACUGCUCCCCUGUGGAUCCACUUGUGGGGUUACACAGAGGAGGUGCAAUGGAACCAAGUCAAGCUUUUAUAAAUAGAAAAACCAUAGAAAUAAAUGUUGGUGCAGUUUCAUACAGA